GCCUACUUGUUAACCGGAGCAGAGGGCAUCACUACCCGAAGGAGGAGAGGGCCGACACGCUAUUGAUUAACAAAAAGGCGACCGUAUAACCUGCAACUGGGUUGUUUUUUUAGUCUCAACUAUGACCACGCCUGUCUUCUCAACAUGAGUUUGCUGUGAUGCCGGUAGCUUUAAGAAAAAAGUAGUUCGAGCAUCUUUCUUUUCCCACCGCCGAUACUUGGAGAGGAACUAUUUAAUGAAAGAUUCAUAAAUGGCGGAAGAAGUUUUAAUAACGCCACCGGGGAAAAUAACGUCGUUCCUCAGACCCAUGGAUUCCUCCAAACUAAAGGCCAUGGAAGAGAUGAAUGAGAGCCCAACACACCUGACUUCAUCUCUGUUGGCGGUAGCGUUUCUCACCUCCUUUGGGAGCUCCAUGCUCUAUGGCUACAACCUCGCAGUGGUCAACUCCCCUGCAGUGUACAUUAAAGACUUCUACAACAGGACGUCAGUGAGUCGUAAUGGUACAGGGCUGGAUGGGGAGGCUCUGACCCUCAUGUACUCUCUCACCGUGUCUGUCUUUGCCAUUGGGGGUCUACUGGGAUCCCUCAUGGUGGGCAUGCUCGUCACCAGGUUCGGCAGGAAAGGCACGGUGGUGAACUCAACGGUAUUGGUGUUCAUCGCUGGAUCACUCAUGGGCUUCAGCAGGAUCUGUGGCUCUCCAGAGAUGGUCAUCUUUGGCCGCUUCAUCACGGGGAUCCACUCAGGUAUCUCUCUGAGUGUGGUGCCCAUGUACCUGGGGGAGAUAGCUCCUAAGAACCUGCGUGGUUUCCUGGGACUCGUGCCCAGCCUCUUCAUUUGUGCUGGGGUCUUCUCUGCCCAGAUCCUGGGUCUACACGAAAUUCUGGGAAAGGAGGAGCACUGGCCCCUGUUUCUCUCGCUGGUGGUGAUACCCACCUUCAUCCAGCUGAUGCUGUUGCCAUGGUUUCCGGAGAGCCCCCGAUACCUGCUGAUUGAGAAGCACAAUGUCCACGCCACCAUUACAGCGUUGAAGUGGUACCGGGCCAAGUGUAACAUCCAGUCAGAGAUCGAGGAGAUGCAGGAGGAGCAGCGCUCUCUGUCGUCAGUGGAGACAGUGUCGGUAUGGCGACUGAUACUGGACCCCUUGGUGCGCUGGCAGCUGCUCAGUGUGGUGGUCAUCAACAUCGGCAUGCAGCUCUCCGGCAUUGAUGCUCUCUGGUUCUAUACCAACGACAUCUUUAAGAACGCGGGCAUCCCAGGCCCAGAGAUUCAGUACACUACAGUGGGUACAGGAGCCAUUGAGAUCAUCGCCGGCCUCAUUGGGUGUUUUACCAUAGAGAAGCUGGGCAGGAGGCCUCUCAUCAUCGGGGGGUUUCUAGUCAUGGGAUUCUGCUGCGCUGGGAUCACUCUCUCCCUCGUUCUACAGGUUCACUUACCAUUCAUGCGUUAUGUCAGUGUUGGAUGUGUGGUUGGUAUCAUCGCUGGUUUUUGCAUUGGGCCAGCGGGUGUUCCUUUCCUGAUAACGGCGGAGCUGUUUAAACAGUCUCACCGGCCAGCAGCCUACACUGUGGGAGGAUCCCUCAACUGGAUUUCCAACUUCACAGUGGGCUUCGUCUUCCCCUUCCUACAGAUGUCCGCUGGGUCCUACUGCUACCUGGUGUUCUGCUGCGUGUGUCUGGCGGUGGCUGCCUACGUGUUCUUCGUCAUCCCCGAGACCAAGAACAAGACGUUUGUGGAGAUCAGCCAGAUGUUCGCCUCCAAGGAGGCGGUGCCAGAGACCCAGGGUCUGGGCCAACCCGACCAGCUCAAACUGAAGAAGAUGAACGGAUACGGAACCCUGGAGAAUGGAUCACUGGAAUUUGACAGCUCCUCCUCCGUCCCCUGAGAGUGGCUCUGAGAUAGAGGCUGGCUGCAUCAGAAAUUGCUUUUUUUCCUUCAGUAUGACCAUUGAUAGGUUGAAAAGCUGGAUUGGCUGCCACAGAAAAUCAUGGGAAGAGUAGGCUCCAAUAUCACGUCGUACUGAUUUACUUUGAGAUUAAACUGUGACUUUGAGAUUAUGCAGUAACAGAGACAUGCAUUACCCACACAUACAGUAGGCACACAUAAA